CGACUGUACUUCCAGAUGCUGAUACUUCAGGGACGAAUUGAAACUAUCUUGAAGACAUAAAAGUGAGUGGACGUCGGUUCAUGAACAUGUGACACUAAAGUGUGGAGCAGCAGCCAGGAUGAUCCCAGUGGGUGAAUUCAGAAACUUCGGUGCAGAGCAGAACGCAAAGUAUCGGGUCCUGAAACCGUGGUGGGAUGUUUUCUCAGAGUACCUGUGCAUUGCUAUGCUUAUGAUUGGAGUCUUUGGGUGCACCUUGCAGCUCACCCAAGACAAGAUUGCUUGCCUACCCAGCCACUUCACCAGCCCGACACCUGAAGCUAUUGACUGCAGCCACAUCCGGACUUACAGGGAGAAUGAGACGUCGCAGCACACUGUGGAGAGACCUGUCAACCCCAUUAUCCAGGAGGUGGUUGGUCGCAAGAACAACCUAGACAUCCACCAAUACGAGUUUGUCAACCACUAUUGCUACGAGAGGUUUGUCCACUGGUUUGCAAAGUUCUUCCCGUACCUCGUUGUGAUCCACACUAUGAUCUUCAUGGUAGCAAGCAGCUUCUGGUUCAAGUUCCCUGGGACGUCUUCUAAAAUUGACCUCUUUGUUACCAUCCUCGGGAAGUGCUUUGAUUCGCCCUGGACCACAAGGGCCCUUAGUGAAGUUUCUGAGGAAAGAGGAGAGGAAAAGCUGGUUAGUUGGAGGAGGAACACCAUGUCAAAAGAUCCCACAGAUCGACAAGCAGACGAUGAGGAGAUUGUAGGGCUUCUUCGCUCCUCGUCUGUCAGGUCUAAUCCAGAGAAGAAAAGUCCAGAGCCUCAGUCUGCCCCCUCUGUCUUGGAUAAGAAGGAAGGAGAGCAGGCCAAAGCUCUGUUUGAAAAAGUGAAGAAGUUCAGAACUCAUGUAGAGGAAGCAGACAUCUUGUAUCUCAUGUAUGUGCUACAGACAUUAGUGAAAGUCUUCAAGUUCCUUUUAAUCAUUAUCUACACUGCUGUGCUGGUGCCAAACAUUGAGAUAGUAGUGCGCUGUUCUGUUCCUCCUGAUCUGACUGGUUUUGAUAUCUAUUGCUGUAACCACAACAAAGCCCAUCUUUUCUCCAAGCUUGCUUACUUAUAUAUUUUCUUUGUGGGAGUGUAUGGACUUCUGUGCAUCUACACCCUCUACUGGCUGUUACAUAGACCUCUGAAGGAGUACUACUUUGAGCAGGUCCGACUAGAGACGGGUAUUAACGACAUACCGGAUGUGAAGAAUGACUUUGCCUUCCUCCUGCACCUUGUGGAUCAAUAUGAUGCUCUUUACUCCAAAAGAUUUGCUGUCUUUCUCUCUGAGGUCAGUGAGAGCCACCUCCAUCAGCUCAAUCUCAAUUAUGAGUGGACCACCAACAAGCUGCGUACCCGUCUCACCAGGAACACCAGUAACCAGUUGGAGCUCCACCUGAUAAUGUUGCCGGGGCUCCCCGACACAGUCUUUGAGAUUACUGAAGUGGAAUCCCUCAAACUAGAGCAAGUUAAAAAUGUCACCAUCCCAGCUAGUGUGGCAAAGCUAGACUUUCUUCGGGAGUUAUCGCUGAUCUUCUGCCCUGCAAAGAUCCACCUGCCUGCCCUGAACCACCUCAAGGAACAUUUAAAGGUUCUACAUCUAGCUUUUGAAAGUUUAGAAGAGGUGCCUGUGUGGAUGUACACCCUGCAUGGCCUGGAGGAGUUACAUCUCAAUGGACCUUUAACCAAUGACGUCUCCAGAAGUGCCUCUCUGGACUCCCUUCGAGAGCUUAGAGCUCUGCGAAUCCUGUCUCUUCGUUCCAGCCUUACUAAAAUCCCACCCGGAGUAGUGGAUGUUGCGUUGCAGCUGCAGCGGUUGUGCAUCCAUAAUGAAGGAGUCAAGCUCCAAGCUUUCAGCAGCCUGAAAAAGUUAACCAACAUAGUCUCAUUGGAGUUAGUGGGCUGCCAGUUGGAGCGCAUCCCAAGUGCUGUCUUCAGCCUUAACAAUCUGCAGGAGCUGGACCUGAAAGACAACAAACUUUCAACUGUGGAGGAGAUUCUGAGUUUACAGCACUGCCAACGUUUAGUGACACUCCGACUGUGGCACAACAAUAUCACUUACAUCCCCGAUCAUAUCAGUAAGCUGCGCACCCUGGAGACACUGGACAUUAGCUGGAACAAGCUACGAAAGCUUCCCUCUCGGCUGUUUUAUUGCACCAAACUCAGGCACUUGGAUGUCUCCCAUAACCAGCUCACCUCUCUUCCUCCAGAGGUGGGCAUCCUGCAAAGCCUUCAGGUCUUCUCCGCUGCUUUCAACUCUUUAGAGACGCUGCCAGAGGAGCUCUUCUCCUGUAAAAGGCUGAAGUCCUUGGCUCUUGGAAACAACUGCCUGUCGUGUCUUAGCUCCAGAGUGGCCAACCUGGCACAACUUGUCCGGCUGGAGAUUAAAGGGAACCGUCUGGAGUCUCUACCUCUGCAGAUAGGGGAUUGUCCCCUGCUGUCUCUCAGCGGACUGAUAGUAGAGGACAACCUGCUGGACCUGCUGCCUUCAGAUGUACAAAGGAGGUUGACUACUGCCUAAGUUUGAGGAGCUAAGGGCCCUCAUUGACUCAUCUUUUCUCAGUGUAGCAUGGUGGCUGAUUAGUUUGGAGAAAAGUAUUAACUGAAAUUUAAUCCAUAUCAUAUAAAAAAGGACAAAAAGGGAAACCAUAACAAAACCAGGGACCACAAACAGAUAACCAAACAUUCAAAAAUGUAUUUAUAAAAUCAGUCACUUCAAAUCUGUCAAUGAAUAAAAAAUCAACUUGCACAUGUUUUUGAAAAUGUAUUUUAUGCAUUUUCUUAAAUACUGCUUUUAAAUAAAUAUUUGAAGUGUCCUAUAAAUACCUGACUGCAUUAAUUUUUAUGUAGCUGGUUUUACUGGUGUAGAUCACACAGUAACGUAAAAUUUAACAAGAAAUAUUAUAGAUUCAAAGUCAGAUUAGUGCUGUGUGUAUGAGUCAAGGUUUGACCUUCAAAUUGCUCUGGACCAGCCUUUUCACUCAGACCCGUGUUUUGUUUACUUAAUCUUUUGUGGAUUCUUCAGAGCACAAGUCAAGGGUUUUCUAACUGCACUGAAUCAUGUUGGACAGGUUUUUACAGCGUGAAGAAGUAUUUCCCACAGUGCGGUGGCUCAUGUUGCUCCCUUUCAGACACUAAACAAGUGGAGGAAGAAAAAGCC